UUAUUUUGAGAAUCCCAAAAUCUAUUACUAAAACGACGCGUUACUCCAUCACCAUGACCUUCCUUCAUCUCCGCUUCACAAAAUUCCUCAAAUGGCUUCCAAUUUCCAACCUUUAAUCUCUAAACUCCCCAUUCUGAUAUUUGUGCUAGAUUAACUUGAAUAAUUGAUAAUUGAUUCGGGCUUUAGGGUCAUUGUUCGGAUACUAAGGAGAGGAAUCGCCGAAUACGAAGCCGAGUUGGUCGCUGUUGUUUACUUGCGAUUGCAAUUAGCUUCAUUCCUCCAGUUAGGCACGGGAUCCACCAUCUUAGUUUGGUAUCGGGUACUUUUUGUCAUUUUAUGAUAUAAAGCAAGCAUCUUUCUCUGAUAACUUUCGGAGAACCCUCAAGUGACAAUCAUGCUCUCCCUAUAUUUCUCUGCUGUAAAAACUUCGAAAAAACUUCUCUUUCCUAAGAAUAUUGUUUUUCUCUCUCUCAUCAAGGAUCCACUAUCUUUUUUUUGCAUCCGAAAACUGAGUUAUGUUAAUGUGUACAUGAAAUGGAAAAAGGACUGGAGUUAUGACUCAAUUGAUACAAUCUAUAGAAGUCCUACAUUGAAACCAUUGAUAUCUCUCAAAAAUUGCAUUGUCCAAGCUCCUGGUGGUUGCAUUCCAAUUUCAGAUGUGUCUAAACGGGGCAAAAAUUUGGAUGUGCCCAUGAAGGUUGCAAAGUUUAUGAGACUAUAUCCCGCUGUGUUCGAAGAGUUUGUUGGGCCUCAAUACAAUUUGCCAUGGUUUAGACUAACCCCAAAUGCUAUUGAAAUUGACUUGGAGGAAAGGGCAAUCUAUGAGGAUUAUAAAUUUGAUUUGCAACUUAGGCUGAAAAAGUUGAUAUUAAUGACUAAAGAGAAGAGACUGCCAUUGAGGAUAAUUCAAGGGAUUCUUUGGUACUUAGGUCUACCUGAUGAUUUUUUAAAAAAUCCCGAAUCAAAUCUUGAUGAUUCUUUUAAGUUUGUAGAAAUGGAAGAUGGAGACAAAGCAUUAGCCGUCGAUUGUGGAGAAAAAAUGAUGUCUAUUCUGCAGACAAAUGCGAUGAAUGCAGGACUGUGCAAUGGAGGGUGGAUGGAGCCAAUCCCAUUUCCUCUGUUUCCCUCAAGAGGUUUGAGAUUAAAAAGAAAGAUUUCUGCUUGGUUGGACGAGUUUCAGAAGCUUCCAUAUGUAUCUCCAUACGAGGACUUCUCACUUUUGAAUCCAGAAAGUGAUGUUGCAGAAAAAAGAGUUGUGGGUGUUUUGCAUGAAUUACUCGGCCUCUUUGUGGAACAUGCUGUGGAAAGGAAGAAACUUUUGUGUCUUAAAAAGUAUAUGGGGCUUCCACAAAAGUUCCACAAAGCAUUUGAGAGACACCCUUAUAUAUUUUACCUUUCUUUGAAGGCCUGUACUUGCACAGCUAUCCUGAAGGAGGCUUAUGAAGAUGCUUCUGCUAUAGAGAGACAUCCCUUGUUGGCCGUGAGAUAUAAAUAUAUGGAGCUGAUGAAAGAUUCAGGCAGGAUUUUGAAACAACGAAGGUGGAACAAGUGCUUUGGUAAUGAGAAGGAAGCAGAUUCAGACGUAAAUUCAGAAUGCGUGGAUGAUGCUAUUUUAGUGGACAAGAACUUUUCGCAACAUGGAGUAAUAUAAAACUGCUGAUCUGUCUGGUAGGUGAAUAUUAAGGGAAGGAAGAAGAUCAGGUUGAAAAGAGACGGAAGAAAGAGAACUUGUAAUGCUCUGAUCAAAUUGCAAAAAUAAGGGCAAUCCCCUAAUUUGGAGGUAGGUGCUCAAAUAGAAAAGAAAACAAGAAAUAAAAUGCAUGUUUCAAUUCUGGAUAAAUAUCUCUGUGACUACACUUCAGCCAUUGUCACAAUUUCUUUACUGCUGACGUUCUUUCCUAGCUAAGCAACAUUAAUUGACUAUGACUGUUUUAAGAAUAAUUCCACUCAUGAACUCGGCGAACAAUAUUUUCUUAACUUGUCUGAUAUGUUCCCUUAAGCCUAUUGUAGGUGAGAAUUGGGAAAUCGAUAGUUCCUUGCAUAUCUCUGCCUCUGUUUGAUGACAUUAUCCUUAUCUGCAUUUGAUUAGGCAAAUAGGCAAUACGAAAAGUUUUCUCUUUCCCCUAUAUCUUUAUUCUGUCUUCUCCUUUCUUAUUUGGUCCUCCUUUAAUCUGUACUAGUGACUUGCUGAUUUCAUUUCCUAUCUAUCCUGCUUAUUAAAAGCGUACGAACUUGAGGAAAUAUCCAUGUGAUAUCUCGGAAGUAAAUUCUCUUAUAUCAGGUUCUUUUGCAAUUUGGGAGAUUAUGUUCCUUUUGAAUUCUGCAGCUGGAUAAACUAAUAAUUGUCCCUUUCCAAUGGAGCCAAAGGUCCGUAGUUUUUUGGUUCUAACUCGUGAAGGACUGAAGUAAAAUGAUUCCUUAAUACAUAGUGUUUGCUAUUAAGGAUAAUUGGAAACGACUUCUUUUUAGUCUGUCUCAUUUCUAUGUUAAACAAUUUCACUGUAAGUGUCUUAUUUUCUUAUUUGGAAAGCUAUCCUAUUUGUUCGAGCCCCACAAGGUUCUCCGACGUUAGUUUUUAUCCACCUGCUUACUUUUAAUUAUAACGGAGGAAAUAUAAGUUAUAACAAGGUUAAGGCUCUGUAAAUUGGACCCGUGCCUACCUUGCCUUGGCGACAAUCAUCACUCAUCAGCUACUUUUGAUGGCAUCAGGGCAAGUGAUGUAAUGUACUUGUUAACCUUAAAUCUCUCAUUGCUAAUGAAUUCCUGGAUUACAGGAAUACCCAAGUUAAGUUUUUUAAGUGGGAAUUAUGUAUACUGAUACAGAGCCUUGUACCAUAGCGCAGCUUACAUGGACUUGAAGUCCACACUGAUGAUCAAUCUUUUUGCAGAGACGAGGAAGUAGACCAAUCUUUUGAAGGUGUGCGCUGUGCAGUUCUUUGGCGAGACUUGUUCUAUUCUUGAUGCUCCUUUUGUCGGGGUUCUGCUUAAGUGACUUUCAGGCCAGGCUGAUGAUUUACCUUUUCGUAUUGAUGAGGAAGGCGAUCAAAUCAAACGUACUGGUAAACUUUUUUCUUCAUUUCUCCAUCAUAAUUUCGAGAUCCUUGUAAGCUGUACACUAUCUUACUCGGACUCUUCAUUUUGCUUCACGUACCCGUGUCUUUUUUUGAUGCUCGGACAUUAGUAUGGCAAUAAGACACUUCAUUUUUAGGCGUAAAAUUGAAUAUAUAUUUAGACGUAUCCGAAAACUAGGACACAUAUCAAUUCCUGCAUCAGUACCCGAGUCCAAGUAACAUAGGCGGUACACCAAGCACAGUACACAGCUGGAAUUGGCAUUAGCAGUUCAAGGCAUCAAGCUAACCUUGUCUAAGCUAGAGUAUUUUAAUUAUGUAGCUCAGUCAGUACAUGCAGAGAUUGAAAUGAUAUAAUUGUUCUUUACUGCAUCAGCUAUCGAUGGAGCCAAACAUUUAUGGCGUUCUGAUUUCGAAUUAUAAUAAACUAUAGUAAAAUAACUCAUCAAAUCGAUUGUACUUGUUUAAAGCUGCAGACGAUGUUUGCCGUAAAGGGUUAAAAGUUAUCAUUAGGGUCCACAUUAAAUUUUACAUAAGGGUAAAGGGCAUGAAGAAUGUAAUUUGCUUAUAAUUUUAACUCCUACUUCCUCCCUUUUCUUUUUUAUUGAUUUAAGUCUCAAUGUAUAUAAAUGCAUUUUUUAAAACUCCAUAUAUUCCUCCCUUUUCUUUUUUAUUGAUUUAAGUCUCAAUGUAUAUAAAUGCAUUUUUUAAAACUCCAUAUAAAUAUAUUUUAACUUUUGUAUAUCCUUGUAUUAAAUAUUCUAACUUUAAUCAACAAUAUAAAACAAAGAAUUUAUCUAAGUGUCAAAGGUCAUAUUUGAAUAACAAUAAUGGAACACUUACCUGUGGGUUGUAUAUACUCAUACUUGUGACCAGUUAUGAGUUUAUUUAUCCUGCUAUUGAGUGGGGAAUGAAGAUUAUUGUUUUACUUGUAUUUUACUCAUCCAUUAUGCCUCACAAACUUGUUAUUUCAAACUACACUACCCAAAACAUCAUGCUCUUUGGUAAAACUUAAUUCUUUUACAUGAAUAUUUUCGUUGCCUAUAUUAAUGUAACUAAUUUAUUUAUUUGUUCUAAACAUAAACCAAUUCCUAUAUCAUAUAUAAUCCUUGUGCAGGCCAAAUAGUCUCAUUUGUUUUUGAUACAGAUACUAAAAAUUUGGUUAUAAUGGGUUAAAUUAGUGAGAUAUUUAGAAAUACAUAAAAUCUUGGGUGAGACUGUCUUACUUGUGAAAUGCAUCUUAUUGGG